CGUCACAUCCCUUUGCCGUGACGUGAACAGCGCUUGAUGGCGGCUGUGGAAGUGUUGCACGUCUACCCCCCCUUUUGUUGACAGCAAGACUUUCUUCUCCACAGCAGCAUCAAAGUUUUGUGUUAUUUUAGAGCAUCACCAUGGACGCGCUCAGUAGCCAUUAAACAGAGCCGAGAGACCUACACGCGGCGAUGCCCCAGCACUAGAAGCAGACGAGCGGAUCAUGUUGAUUACGUUGACCCUGCUGUUUCACGAAUUGUGCAGAUACCUCUAUUCACUGCUGUGUCCUGAGCCUGAAGACACCCCCGCCGUAGAACAAACUCCAGCGCACACCAGCUCCACAAAGUCCGCGUCCAGAUCAAAGUUCGUGUGCCCGUAAAUAAACAUUUGAUACAGUCGUACCUUCAAAUACAAUGCUAAUUACUGCUACCAUCUUAAUCUACUGGCUGAUGGCCGGUUUUCAAUAUCUUUUGGGCAGACCGGUUGAAGAGGAAGUUGAGCAGCCACCACCACGUCGUCAGAACUCCAAGCAAACCCAGAAGCCACCGUCCAACCACAAGCUGCCCACUGACCAAGAGUGCCGAAGCCUACAGCUGCGCGACAUCUGCAACAACUGCUCGUUACCGAAGGCGGUCAGGAAAGCACAAGGAAACGGUGUGUCACCUCAGCUGAGAAACGUUGCGUCCUCCGCCAAGUGACAUUCUUAAUUAGCCAGUUCUUCCAAUUCGCUCAUUAUUUCAUCCUGAUCCAUAGUCUACUUUCAUCACAUGUGCAGCAUUUAAACCUGUUGGUAAUCGUACGUAGUUAGCUGUUGAGCUUCAGGCCAGAUAUAUUGAAUUGUUGAGAUUUAAGAGUGUUCAUUAGGGCGCAAGUGUCUUUUAUUGGCCGUGCGGAGGAAUUUGUCAACCCCAAAAUGGCUGGCCACUACUCGUGUGAAAACGUCUUGAUUCAGUGCUACGACAACCAGGCAGCACUUGAGGACUACAAGUGCAGAAUGAAGCUAGAAGAGUUCUACAUGACUGGAGCAAAUUGCUUGAAUUCCCCUGAGAAAGAAUCAAUGAACGUGUCCACGUCAAGGGAAGCCCUUGACCAACACCAACCUACACAAGGGUCUCCGGUAUUGGAGGGAAUAAAGAUGGUCUCUCUGGAAGGGGAUCCCGCGCCUGGAGUAGGAGUCAAGAACAUUGAUCAAAAUCACUCAUCUAGCCCUUGGAACAGGUGCGGAUACCUCGUGCGCGGGCUCCUGUUCUGGAAGUAUCAAGGCACUCCCCUCAAAUAUCGGACGCCCUUGAAAGACGCCACGGCCAGCGGAACACCAUCUCUACCUCGAUGGUAGCCAGGAGUUUGUAUUUUUUUUUCAAGGUGCAUUGGGUGAUCACGUGAUCGUAUUUUGGAACAUUAGGGUAAUAGAGUGUCGAAAUAGAUUUCUUAUCAAAGCUAUCAUACACGAAUGAGUUUCUUGAAUAUCUGAGAGAUUGUUGACUUGAUUUAUAGUUAUGGCAGUAACCGAUACUAGUGUCUUGAAUACAGCUUCUUAAGACAAAUAUACUGGCUUAUAAGAAAAAAAAAACACAGAAGAAAGCAAUGUCAACUGUACAUAAAAACAUUAAAAUUGUUGUGUAGACACAUUAAAGUGACGUGCGGCUCAUUCAUUUA